CUCAGCUGGGAGCCCGCAGCGAGCUGGUGCAAAACUUCAGAGCCGGAGCGGCGCAGCGCGGAGCUGGGCAUGGGGUAGGCGCUCCGCUCCGCCCUGCCGCGCUCCCCGCCAUGUAGGCGAGUCCCCCGGGCGCUGCGCAUCGCUCCGCGCCGCUCCUCGCACCGCGCCGGGACCAUGCGGGGCGCCCCGGCCGCGGGGCUCCUGCCGCUGCUGCUGGGGCUGCGGCUGCUGCUGGCCGGCGGCGCCGCGGCUCAGUACUCCAGCGACCUGUGCAACUGGAAGGGGAGUGGCCUAACUCACGAGUCUCACAAGAAGGAUGUUGAACAGGUCUACCUCCGCUGUUCUGAAGGGGCAAUAGAGUGGAUGUAUCCCACGGGAGCGCUCAUAGUCAACCUGCGACCCAACACUUCACCUGCCUCUUACAAACAUUUGACUGUUUGCAUAAAGCCCUUCAAGGACUCUGCAGGAGCAAAUAUUUAUUUGGAAAAAACUGGAGAACUGAAACUCUUGGUCCGAGAUGGAGAUCGCAGCCCCAGUAAAGUAUAUUGCUUUGGUUAUGAUCAGGGGGGCCUGUUUAUUGAGGCCACUCCUCAGCAGGACAUUAGCAGGAAGAUUACGGGCUUCCAGUACGAACUGAUGAACAAGGGGAUAGCAUCCGAUUUGCACACAGUUUCUGCUCCCUGCCGACCAUGCAGUGACACAGAAGUCCUCUUGGCUGUCUGCACUAGUGAUUUUGUGAUCAGAGGCUCUAUUCAAGAUGUAACGAACGAGGCAGAAGAGCAAGAAUCCAUAAUUCACGUCGGUGUCAACAAACUGUACAGGCAGAAGAGCAAAGUCUUUCAGCUCACGGGGGAGAGUGGGAACUGGCGAGGGCAAAUAAAGACCCUGCUGGAGUGUGGGGUGAAACCAGGAGACGGAGACUUCCUUUUCACAGGACGCAUGCACUUUGGGGAGGCCAGGCUGGGCUGUGCCCCUCGUUUUAAAGACUUCCAAAGGAUGUACAAAGAGGCAAAAGACAAAGGGCUAAAUCCAUGUGAAAUUGGCCCCGAUUGAAAUCCCCUGUUUGGCUGAAGAUCGCUUUUAGCGUUUGGCCGGGGAUAUUUCCUGGCCACGGUGAAAACUGAACAAAAAUGGUAACUGAGAGCAUGGACAGAUCUGGAGUGCAGGCUGAGGCCCCGCGGGACACGUCUGCAGCCUGCGGUGCUGUUAGACUGAUGGAAGCAACAGAGGUACGAGCUCAGAAGGCUGCCAAGCAACCAAGGCUGGAUUUUUAACCAAUCUUGUCCUUACGAAUUAAGUUAUUAUAUUUUUUUAGUGACUUCCUUAGGAAAGCAAACAAAGAAAACUCCCAUGUCUUAAUAAAAAACCCAAAUGAAAGCCAA